CCGAGUCUGAGUACUACAGAUUGUACUAAAAAGCUAUUUGUCUCUGCGGUGGGAUUCAUUUUUUUCCUCGUACAGUGAUCGCUCCAGACGUAAUCCGGAAAGCUAACACAGAAUGGCCCAAGGGAUACCAAGUGAUCUUCUGAUGAAUGCAACCCUCAUAAAUGAUUUAGCAAGUGUGGCAAAAGAUGCUGCACUUUUACAAGGUGUACUAAUGAGGGUUAAAGAAUCCCCCAACUCCUCAGAGGUGGUGACAUAUGCCCCCUUCACGCUCUUCCCCACACCGGUGCCGAAAGCUCCUUUCCUCCAAGCCAUGGCAGUGCAAACUCAUUACAACACACUGGUUGAUAAGAUCAGCCAAGAUCCUGACUUCCUGGAAGCGGCUCUUGCCAGCACCAUUGCUGUGGAUGAUUUCACUGCAAGAUUGUUCAAGAUCCACCAGCAGGUCCUUAAAGAAGGAAGGUUGCAGUCAAUUGUCUUGGGUCUGAAUCGAGCUGAUUACAUGCUGGACCAGAAGGAGGAUGGACACACAUCUCUAAAACAGAUCGAGAUCAACACUUUUGCCGCUAGCUUUGGAGGCCUCUCAUCACGAAUGCCUGAUGUGCACCGACACAUUCUUAGGGUCGCUGGCCGGCUGGAAGAGAGCCAGUCCAUCAUUGACAACAACCCCGCAGUUGGUCUGGCGAAGGCCGUGGCCAAGGCCUGGGAGCUCUAUGGAUCAAAGCGAGCGGUCGUCAUGUUCUUGGUGGAGGAGAACCAGAGGAACGCCCUGGAUCAACGAUUUAUUGAGAAUGAGCUGUGGAAAAGGAAUAUUGCCACCAUACGAAAGCGUUUUGAGGAUGUCGCUGAAGCGGGAAACCUUGAUCAGGACAAGAGACUGUUUGUUGAUUGUCAGGAAGUUGCAGUGGUCUACUUCAGGAAUGGCUACAUGCCUCAGAACUACGGCUCUGAACAGGCUUGGGAGGCUCGCCUGAUGAUGGAGUGCUCUUUGGCUGUAAAGUGUCCGGAUAUCGGCACCCACCUGGCUGGAACGAAGAAGGUGCAGCAGGUGCUUGCUCAGCCUGGUGUUCUGGAACACUUUUUCCCUGACCAGCCACAGAUAGUGGCGCAGGUCAGGGCCACAUUUGCUGGCCUCUACACUCUGGACGUGAUGAUUCUGGUGGCUCACAAGAUGUCAAGCAUAUGCCAAAGCAACAGGCUACACAUAAGAAAACCUUUAUUACAAUGGAGAAAUUCCCGAUUCACAGCAGCAAAGUUAUGAAAGGACGAAGUAGUCAAAGAUCUGCUCAGCGGAAACGGUGAAAAAACACUCGUGAUCCAACAAAAGGCAGUCAUAGCUGUGAACUGAUCAUUUCUCAUGGGUAAUAUGCCAAACUAGAAGUGCAUUGUCAUAGAGGUCCACGAUGUAUCUCAACAGUCAUCUUGCAAUUAAUGAUGAUGCUGUUUAUGACCAUGUUGAGGUCGGAAGAACCUUCAGAGACAUACAAACAGCCGUUGUCAGCAUUCCUCUAGCGGCAUAUAAGAAUGGAGGCAAAAAAACAACACUUGUUUUCCUGUCCAUGUCGACCCUGCAAACUGAGGGAUCCUUUUAUACAUCUCUGUCCUUUAACAACAAAAAAACCUCUUAUGUAAAUGGUUUUAAUACUUUGACCAGCAUGCCUGUUCAAUUGGUAACUAAAAUGAUCUUGAUGGUGUGUGUGUGUGUGUGUGUGUGUGUGUGUGCGUAUAGAUAUAAAUCCUGUCUUUUGAAGAAAUUACCUUUCAGCCCGUAUGCAAUGUCAUUGUUACAUAAUGAUUACAAUCCUUGCCAUGGUUUCACUUCUUUGUACUCAAGGGAGCAGAAGGCGACAAAACAGUUGCAAUGGCUUUAGCGACGCCAAAUCGGUUUGUCCUGAAGCCUCAGCGAGAAGGAGGAGG